AUGCAAUUUUUCCGCAAGACUUCUCUAUCCCGACCGGAGGGCGAAGCAGACAAAACAUGGCCAGCCAUUGCCAUGGGCUUCUUUGUUGCAUUCGGAGGAGUACUAUUUGGUUACGAUACUGGAACAAUCUCAGGCAUCCUCUCUAUGCCCUACUGGCAGAAAAUCUUCAGUACUGGCUACAUGGACUCCGAUGGCAACCCUUAUAUUACUACUUCCCAAGAAUCAACUAUUGUGUUUAACCUUAGUGUUAUUCUUCAAACGAUUGCUACUGCUAUCCCAAUGUUCAUCGCCGGCAGAUUCUUUGCCGAUAUCGGCGUCGGCAUCGGCGUCGGCAUGGCCUCGGCAAUGAUCCCCCUCUAUCAGUCCGAAACUGUUCCCAAAUGGAUCCGAGGUGUGAUCAUCGGGGUCUACCAGUGGGCUAUAACGAUCGGCCUUCUGCUGGCUGCGGUCGUCAAUAAUACUACGAGUAUGAGAAAUAAUACGGGAUCCUAUCGUAUCCCGGUUGCCGUCCAGUUCGCUUGGUCGCUUGUCUUGUGCUUUGGAAUGCUGGUUCUUCCCAAACUACCUCGGUUUCUUAUUAAGAAAGAUCAGCUAGAGAAGGCUGCUUGCUCUCUCGGCGAACCCGCCGCUGAGUUGGCCGAGAUCCAGGCCAGCUAUAAUUAUGAGAAGAGUCUUGGAGAAGCGUUCUGGUUAGACUGCUUCCGCCCGCCUCUGCUGAAACGCCAGUGUACGGGCAUGGCUAUUCAGGCUUUGCAGCAACUUAGUGGGGUGAACUUCAUUUUUACUGGCUUUGUGAUAUCUAUGAUUACCUCUGCUAUAUAUGUUACCUCGACAAUCCCUGGCAUGUAUGCGAUUGAUCGACCGCCAGCGGCUGAGUAA